AUGGGCAGAAUCCUUGGUUUCCUCGGUGGUACUAUCUUAACAAGCUCAAUUGCUUACCUUAGUCUCGAGCAUUUCCGGCAACACCGAACAUACAUCUCACAAUCGCUCCGCUCCUCUCGAAAACUCUCAGAUUCACUCCUUGCACCUGCUCAAGUCCCGAGGCUCCCCGAACCGCGAAUUGAGAGACCAAGUCUUGUAGAAACCCUCAAGGAUGCUUGGAACUGGGAAGUUGAGUCAAUGGUUAGAUGGGUUCAAGGUUGGGACUUGAUCAAAGCUAGAGAGCGCUUUGAAGAAACAGCCAUAAAUAUUGUUGGAUCGGUCAAAAAAUAA